AUGGGCAUCCGGCACGACGAGACGCCGCUCGAGGUGAUGUCGGAUGAGCUUGACAUCGAGGCGCAGAUUGCCAUCUGCCACGAGCUCCUCGACGUGCCUGCCAAGAUCCACGAGGUCGCAUGGCUUGUGUUUGAUCGCAUGGACCGGCGUGGACGCGGCUGGCUGAGUAUGGAGCAGACCGAAGUUGCCUUGCGCGCCGUCAACAUCUGGCGCGGCCUCCGCAUCCCGCACUACUCGGACAUGUCGGUCCUCAUGCAUCGCUUUGAUCUCGACGACAAUGGACGACUCGAGUUUGUCGAGUUCCUCAACCUUCUCGUCCACGUUGUCGAGCUCACCCUCCUCUACUGGGGUGAGUCCAUCUCCUACUCGGCGUCGGCGAGCGAGUCGUCACACUCAUCUGUCUCGAGGAUGCAUGAGAUGUUUGCGUUGCUAGCCAAGUCGGGAUCGCUUGUGUACACAGCCAUCAAGGGCUUGGAUCUGUUUGUCAAGGCCGCCAAUCUUCAGGCCAAAAUCAUGCCCGCCUCGUCACGCAAGACCAGGUGGAUUCGGCUGGACGUGGGCGGUACGCAGUUCCUGACGACCAAGCACUCGCUGACGCAGGACAAGAAGUCGCUCUUCGGCCGGCUCUUUGCCCAUGCCGAGUCGCUCGAGGGCGAGAAAGCGGUCAAGGCGAGCUGGAACUACAAGCUCAAGGCCGUGUGGUACGGCCCGUACUCGCCAGAGGUCGCCGUCCUCUUUGCCUCGCCACCCAAGCUCUACGAUCAGGGCCUGCCCAAGGGCGCGUCGGCAAUGCAUCUGCUCGGCAAGACCAAGCUGCCGUCGCUGGCCCAGACAGCUGCCGCUGCCGCCGAGCGUGCUCAGGUCAACGCUCAGCUCAAGGACAUCGACAAGGCCGAGCGCAAGCUGGCCAAGGAGCGGCUCGCCCUCGAGGCCCGCCUCGCCGACGCGCUCAAGAGCGAGUCGGACGUCGGCGGCGAGAGUGCCAAGAAGAUCAAGAUCCAACUGAAGGAGGUCGACGAGGCGCGGAAGGGCAAGAUGCGUGAACGCGACAGUGUCAAUGCCCGCAUCCGCAAGCUGGACGCCCGCGAGGACGCCCAGCUUGCAAAGUCGUUUCUGCAGGGCGACGAUGACAUCCAGGAAGUUUUCCGCUUUGUGGCCAAUCUCAAGUUCAUCUCGCAGGAGAAGGACGACUUGUUUUACAUCGACCGCGACCCGGUCCACUUUCGCCCGGUCCUCAACUACCUCCGCUACGGGCGCCUCAUUCUCGACGCCGCUCCGGGCAUGCCGCAGCCGGAUCUGACCGGCGUUCUCGAGGAGGCCAAGUUCUUCCUCGUCCACGACCUCAUCAUCGAGGCCGAGCGGCUGCUGGCCGAUCGAGCGCGUCAGGGCUUGUGAGUUUGAGCCGAG